UUUUGCUGAGGGAAAAAAAGGACAUUGUUUAUGCAGAAGAAAUUUUCUAUGUAUUCAUUUUGAAGAAAAAUAUACAUCAUUUUGUAUGAAAACAUUGGAAAGUUUGUUUAAUUAGAACAAAAAAUCUCUGAUAUGAUUAUUUGAAAGUGCAUUAUGAUUAAACCGAAAUAAUAUAUGUUUAUCACCAGCAAUGGUGUAUGUAGUUUUGACAUGUUUUUGAAUUAGCAUUCCUUCAACGUUUGGAAGAGUAAAUAUAUUUGCGAAAGAAAAGUUCUUAUUGGAAAGAUUUAAAACUAAGAAAAAAAAUGCCACAUAUUUUUUUUUAUCUUAAGGAAACAAUCCUAUAAAAUGAUUUUUGUAAGCAUGGGAAAAUAUAUUAAAAAUUCACUUACAUUGGAUAGAGUAAGAGAAAUGCACGAGUUCUUUGAAAUACAGUACUUAAACAUUCAAAGUUCAUUAAUAUUGGAAGUGCAUUGACAUUGGAAAAGCAGUUACAUUGGAAGAGUAUGUUCGUUGAAAAUUAUUGAAAGUAGAAGGAAUCCGAAUUAUAGGUUCAUGAAUAUUGUAUAGAAUAUAAGAUCAGAUUUCAACAAUGACAACCAACACGAUCAUUUCCACAACAGCGAAGUCUGUUUUAAGUAGUCUCGGUGAUAUUUUCAGAGAAACUACAAUGCAGAAAAGUACGACAGAUAAUAUAGUUCCUAUAGUAACGUCUGACAAUACUACGGCUAGGCAGCAAAAUUCUACUGAUGCGAUUCGGACAUCAAACCUUGACGGUGAGAACAUUAAUCGCCUUUUGAAGAUAGAAAACACAUUCGAAGCUGAAGCUCUGACGCCAAUAACCAUUUAUCUAAUCCUUCUAAUGAUAACGGGUGUUGUUGGCAAUACUAUUGUCUUGUAUAUCUACAAAUUCAGGUUCAAAAGGUCAACAUCGAGAAUAUUCAUUCUGAGUCUCGCGGCAUUUGAUUUGAUCACGUGUCUUUUGGGGAUGCCAUACCAUAUCUUAGACAUGCUUUAUCCUUAUCUGUUUGUAUGGGACACCGUUUGCAGAGUUCUAAGUUUUGCUCUCACAUUCACGAUUUUGGCAUCUAUAUUUAUACUGGAUCUGAUCGCAAUUGAUCGGUACAGGAAAAUUUGUAGACCGUUUGAAAAGCAGCUUUCUGGUAUGGGAUCAAAGAUUAUGAGUUGGGUGACUGUCCUUAUAGCAAUAAUUUCUGCCAUUCCAAUGCUUCUAAUUUAUGGCGCCGCUGAUGUCCCAACCGCUAGGAAUCCCAAUAUAACAGGGAAGGAAUGCUAUGUCUCAGAUGAUUAUAUCGAAUCUUAUUUCCCAUUAGUCUACGAUGCUUUUACUUUCAUGAUUUUUAUCGUAUCCGCUUUUAUUCUAGUCGGAUUUUAUAGCAAAGUCGGGGUUACAAUUUGGAAACGUAGGAAAUUUAAUGAGUCAAAUGAAUCAAGGAGAUCCGCUUCCAGUCAAAGCACGCCAAACACAUCAGUCAUACAACUUAACGUCAUUACAGAUGAAGCCAAACACGGAUCUCCUAUGCUUGCUCAUUUUAGAAAAAAUAAAGAGGGUGGUAAUGUUCAAAUAUUUGAUUCGAAUUCCUCGGUCACGGCACCAAAAGAUUCACCUUUACCAUACAGAUCGACAACGUCUAAUCCAAAGAAAGAAAGGAUGAACCGAAAAGUAAUGCGGUUGAUGUCUGAACCGUCAAGUACUGAACACGAUUCUUCGACAAUUAAUCACGGAUCUACACGGUCCCACAAAGCAUCACACAUACAUCACGUGACAAAGAAAGAGAAGAGAACACUGAGAAUAACAGGCAUGUUGUUUGUUAUAACACUGAUUUUUAUUAUAAGUUUUCUCCCUUAUCUUUGUAUACAAAUUGUGAACGGUUUGAAUGAAGGAUUUUGGGACGAAAUGAGCAUCUCGGAAAUUAUCCUUUUCAAUCUUCUUAUGAGGACAUACUUUAUCAACAACAUGAUAAAUCCUAUAAUCUACUGGUUCCUGGAUCACAAAUUUAAAGAGGAGGUUAUCAGACUAUUUAAUAACAUGAGAAAUUGUAAAGCACCUACUAGAUUCGGACAAAAGAGCUUCCAUUCGUAACCUUCAUGCGAAUAUAUAAUCUAGAAGUAUACCAGAAGGCAUAAAACAUUGUCUGAGCAAGUGUAUGACGUGAAAUCAAUCAUAAUAACAUUCGCAUGAUUAGAAUUUUAUUUCAAAUAAUUUAUCAAUUCGUAUUUUAUCAACUGUUUCAGUUCUUAUAAUCAUUGGCUUUCAAAUAUUAUGCUUUGAGCGUUCCUUUCCAAGACUAUACGGGUUAUUUCUCAGUGGUGAGUUUUGUUGGUGGAUUGCUGUCUCAUCUAAGUUGAUUAUGUUUUUCUUUAAUGCCGUUUUACAUUUUAUGUAAUAGUCAAAGCAUGGUAUGAAAAAGAAAUCAUGUGAACUAAAAAGGGAUUAUCGGUAUAAAAAUAAGAUGUGGUAUAAUUGCCAUCAAUGUACUCUUCAAAUCUUUUCUUCUGAUAGAGUUUAGUUCAAAUGAAUGCCUCUUAUUAUUUUGAAACAAACGUUUUCACGUCAAUAUUUGUUUUCAUUUUAACGAAGCUAGUAGUGACGGAUCCAGGGUUUCGAGGAAAAGUGAAUUGGGCGUAAAAAGUCUCUUUAACGAGGACAUCUUUUUUUUUAUUUCAUGCGAAUAAAAAGGAUUUUUUUUUCUAGGUCAAACCAGGGAAUGUUUGCCCCUCUCGGAUCAUCCAUUGCCUAGUUCUCUCCUUCCAUACAUGUCGAUUUGUUCAGAUAAAUGAACUUUACCUAAUGAACUCAAUUUACCUAACUUUUAAUUAAUGCUUAUUUAUCUGUAUAAUUAUUCUUUCAAUCAAAUUCAAUAAAGCAAUAUUUAAUGAUAUAUAAAAA